AUGCCUCACCGGACGACUUACUUCUUCCCGCGGCAGUUUCCGGAUCGUGGAUUCGAUCCGUUUUCUCAUAAUAAGAAUGAUCACGAGAAGAAAUCGUCGUCCAACGUCGGGGAGAGUUUCGGGUUUGAAAGGAGUAAAUCCAGCGGCGGAGAAGAGGAUAAGAACAAGGAGAAGGAGACUGUGUUCUCCUCUUCUUCUAUGCUCUCAAAGAGCUCCGCCGUUUCAGAUCUCUUGAGCGGUCUCUCAUCAGGCAGCGAUGGUGGCCGUAAGUCGGAGAAGAAGCAGCAGCAGCAGCUAGCGGCUUUCUACGAGUGGCUGGCGGAGAAGAAGGCCAACCUCUCCCGCUCGUCUACCACCACCGGACGCGUGAGGCCCACGCGCCUCUCUAUGUCCAGCGACGCCGAGGAGGAGAGAGAGCUCCUGCUGUCUCCGGUUGAUCCGGCUCAUAAUGCUUCGCCCGGUUCCAUAAUCGCUGCGUCGUCUUCUUCGGCCCGGGCGGUUAGCAUCAACGAGAGAAACAUUGACCGGAGCUUCGACAGGGAGGUUUCGCUUCCAAGAAUGUCUAGUGAGAGCAGCUUCGGCGGAAGCUUCUUCUCCGGGACGACGGUGGACGGGAAUUUCUCGACUUUCUCAAGUCCAACAGACGCGAGGGAGACCUCGACCACCACACGCGUCUCCGUGACCAAGGAGGAACGAGAAGCUGAGGUUAGUGAGGAGGGCAAAGAGCAAAGCUUAGCGCAGAAGUCAAGAGAAGGCUAUUACUUGCAAGUCACGCUUGCGAGGAGGCUAAGUUCUCAAGCAAACCUGGCCGGUGAUUCUGUUCAAAUACAGAGCAUAGACACUGUCUCCUACCGUUUCUGGGUAAGCGGUUGUUUAUCAUACAGUGACAAGAUAUCAGAUGGGUUCUACAGCAUACUAGGGAUGGAUCCAUAUCUUUGGUUGAUGUGUAACAACUCGGAGGAAGGAAAACGACUUCCAUCUCUUGUGUUACUAAAAGAGACUGAGCCGAGCGAUACAUCAAUGGAAGUGGUUUUGAUAGACAGACGUGAGGACUCGCGUCUUAAAGAACUUGAGGAUAAGGCACAUGAGCUCUAUUGUUCUUCAGACAACAUGUUAGUGCUCGUGGAGCAACUUGGCAGGCUUGUUGCUGUCUAUAUGGGGGGGAAUUUCCAGGUGGAGCAAGGUGAUCUCCAGAAGCGAUGGAAACUGGUUAGCAAUAGACUCAAGGAGUUUAGGAAAUGUAUCAUUCUUCCUAUAGGUAGUCUAACGAUGGGUCUUUGCCGUCAUCGUGCCAUCCUAUUUAAGAAAUUGGCUGAUUACAUAGGCUUACCAUGUCGGAUAGCUAAAGGUUGCAGGUACUGUAAAGAGAACCACCAAUCUUCUUGCCUUGUCAAGAUCGACGAUGACAGGAAGCUUUCAAGGGAAUAUGUAGUUGACCUUAUCGGGAAACCAGGAAAUGUCCAUGAUCCAGAUUCAUCCAUCAACGGUGGAUUACAGUGUCAGAUUCCUUCACCACUUCGGAUGAGUCAUCUUAAAGAGUUUUCCAGGUCUUGUCAGACUGUAGAGUCAAAGGCUUCUUGUGAUCUUUCUGAAAACAUUCAACGUUCAGGGAGUCAAGGCCAAGUACACAAACAAUUAGAGUUGCCAGAUAUUGCAGGGACAAUAUUUUGUGCUCACGCUGAUCAAACGUGCUUCGCAAAAGCAUCUUCAACGGUUUCGACGGAAUCUGUUCUCCGAGCUCUACCACUUGAGAUACCAAAACUUAUAAGUGAAGACAACAUUGCCUCACAAGAAACUUGCAAAGAGGAGACCUUUCUAUUAGAAGACGCAAUUGAAAACAGUAGUGUUAUCAAGCAGCCAAAGGGAGAGUUAUCUGUUGAAGCAGAGAUAACCGAAGCUGAGACUCCAAAAGAUAAAAAAGUGAGGUUACCUGUUGAUGCCAUCUCACCAUACUUGUCUAUUGAGCCUUCUUUGGCAUCAGAUUGGCUGGAGAUCUCAUGGGAUGAAUUGCAUAUCAAAGAGCGUGUGGGUGCUGGAUCAUUUGGAACUGUUCAUCGCGCUGAGUGGCAUGGAUCAGUUGCAAUAAUGAAACGUGUGCGUCACCCAAAUGUUGUUCUGUUCAUGGGUGCUGUGACAGAGCGACCCCGUUUAUCGAUAAUAACAGAAUAUUUGCCAAGGGGCAGCCUUUUCCGCCUCAUCCAUAGGCCAGCUUCUGGGGAGUUGCUAGAUCAAAGGAGAAAGCUACGUAUGGCCCUUGAUGUGGCCAAGGGGCUCAACUACCUACACUGUCUUAAUCCUCCUGUAGUGCACUGGGACCUGAAAUCUCCAAACCUACUGGUUGAUAAGAACUGGACAGUGAAGGUUUGCGAUUUUGGGCUGUCCAGGUUCAAGGCAAACACUUUCAUACCAUCAAAAUCUGUUGCAGGAACACCUGAGUGGAUGGCUCCAGAGUUUCUUAGAGGGGAGCCGACAAACGAGAAAUCAGACGUAUACAGUUUCGGAGUAGUCCUAUGGGAGUUGAUUACUUUGCAGCAGCCUUGGAAUGGACUCAGUCCUGCUCAGGUGGUUGGAGCGGUUGCGUUCCAGAACAGGCGGCUUGUAAUCCCUCCAAAUACAUCUCCGGUUUUGGUAUCGCUGAUGGAAGCUUGCUGGUCAGAUGAGCCGGCUCAGAGGCCAGCGUUUGGUGGCAUAGUCGACACAUUGAAGAAGCUACUAAAGUCUCCAGUGCAGCUGAUUCAAAUGGGUGGAGGAGACAAAGGGGUGCGAGAUGCGUUGAUUAGCUCCUGA